AUGACAAAUGGAAUUGUGAACAAAUUUUCCAAAGAUGUGUUGAUGUAUCUUAUUCUGAAGCUCCCAAUAAAGUCUAUAUUGCGAUUCAAAUCCAUUUCUAAAUCCUUGUACAAUCUCAUGCAAUCGUCAACAUUCAUCAAUCUUCAUCUCAAUCAUACCACUUGUACAAAACAUGAAAUAAUUCUCUUCAAACGCUCCAUUAAAGAAGGACACAACGAAUUUAGAAGUAUCAUGUCGUUCCUUUCUAGUUAUCAUGAUAACGAUGAUUUUUACCAUGUUUCUCCAGAUCUAGAUGUUCCACAUUUGACUUCCACUACUUCAUGUAUUUUUCAUAGAUUCAUAGGUCCUUGUCGCGGUUUAAUUCUUCUAACAGAUAAAGUAGAGACAGUAUUAUUUAAUCCAGCUACUAGAAAUUAUAGGCUACUCCAACCUAGCCCUUAUGAUAGUCCACUAGGUUUCCAUCGUUCUAUCAAUGGCGUUGCAUUUGGUUUUGACUCAAUUUCAAAUGAUUACAAGAUUAUUAGGCUAGCUGAAGUUCGCGGAGAACCACCUUUCUACUGUUAUACUGUGGUACAAUGGAGAGUCGAGAUUUAUGAAUUGAGCAUUGAUUCAUGGAGAGAUGUAAAUCAUGGCGAUCUACCAUUGCCUUAUGUGCAUUGGUAUCCCUGUGCUGAGUUGUUUUACAAAGGUGCUUCUCAUUGGUUUGGUAACGGUAGAUCAAUUGAGAUGCUUGCUUUUGAUGUAAGUACAGAGACUUUUCGAAAUAUUAAAAUGCCUCAUACUUGUCAUUCCAAAGACAGAAAGUGUUAUGCACUCGUAGUGUUAAAUGAGUAUCUAACGUUGGUUUGUUACCCAUAUCCGGGGUGUAAAAUCGAUCCAGCAAUAGAUUUCAUGGAAAUUUGGGCAAUGAAGGAGUAUGGUGUGAUCGAAUCUUGGACUAAUAUACACAUUAUUCCACCACUUGUAAUCGAAUCACCGUUGGCAGUUUGGAGGAAUCAUAUAUUGUUUCUUCAAAGCAUAAGUGGACAUUUGAUUUCUUGUGAUCUUAAUUCUCAUGAAGUCAAGGAAUUAGAUUUAGAUGGUUGGCCUGAAAGUUUGAGAGUAACAAUUUUCACCGAAGGCUUGACUUUAAUUUCAAAAGAAAUCCAACAUAAUAGUACACAACUUCAAUAA